AUGACCUCUCCGGCAACGGCCUACAGAAAUAGCUUUCAGAUCUUCAUGGAAUCCACCAAGCUUCUUCCAACGCCGCGCUCGAUUGCCACGACAAUCGAGCGCCACCAGCCCCAAAUGAGGAAUGCCGCCGCUCCUACUGUCACGGAGGCCCCAGUUCCCACCGGCGAAGAGACCUUCAAGGUUGACAAGAAGAAAAAAACGAUAGCGACGGCCGUGGGCGAGCUUCCAUUGUCACCUGUCAUGGACCCUUCAUAUUGGGAAGCGACGAGACGGCACGAAGUUCCUAAGGCGCGCCCGGGCAAACCACAGAACUCGGUCGAGCGACAACUUCGGGCCAAUCCAUUUGCGAAGGCGCUUGCGACUCCUGUUCGCAGGUGUUCGGCCACCUCGGCCCGCUUGCCAAAAUUCUUUCUACAAGACUUCAACCUCAUAGCCCACCCCGAGACGAACAACCCAUGGUGGGUGCCGCGCAGUCUGACCCCACAGCAGCGCCACGCGGCUGGAGACGAAGAGGAUAAGGGUAUACAAGACUCUAUAGAGGGGUCAGAACCCUCUUUUGCACAAGAGGCGGCCGAAGCUACACAGUCUGAGUUGAAGCACGACCAGGGCUCGGGAGACGAGAGCGCAGUAGCCGCUACAGAACGAGAAGAUGAGCAAGCAUAUGGUCCAUCCGCUUACGUUCUCGCAAGGCGGGAUCUGAUCUCCUCCUUCCUGACCGAUGAAGCUGGCUUCAAGCAUCAUAACCAACGCCUAUUCGCCGGGUCAAGCUCACGCUACGCCAAAUUCGCCUUCAAGGCCCAAUGGCGUCAAGAUAUGGACAGUUUCAUGCUGCUCGCAAUGCGGGAGGACAUUGUCGACGAUCUGCUCUACCUCUCCAGGCUCUGCGUCGAGGAUAGCCGCUACUACAUCGUCAAGUGCCAUGGUUGGGAUGAUGUGCAGUACAAGCACAAGGGCGCCGUGCUGUGGUUUGGAGAGCCUGGCCAGUCUUCCGGUCUUGACCGGAACAAGAGCCAGCCAGGCCCGUUUGCGACGUUCGAUAUCAAGGAUGUGAUGGCCCCGACGAGUGUGGUUGUCCACAACAUGCCAAUGUUGCUUGGGCCAGACCAGGCCGCAAAGGUGAAGGAGGAAGCCUCCGUGCUGAGAGAUGGAUCGUUCUUCAUGCUGGCCGGACGGCGAACGACUGAGCUGCAACUCAAACUCUGGCGGCUACAAGGAUAUCUAGCAGACUAUAGAGAUACGACUUGA